ACCGCCGAUAAACCCCACCGAAGAAGAAGAAGAAGUUUUUACCGCGUUAGUCAAGUGGCACAUGAGUCCAGCGAACUCAACACACUACGCUUCUUUAGCAGCACAUUGUGCUUUUUCUGAAGGAGGUUGUUGCAGCGGGACAGUUCUGCAGGAGGCGGUCAGUUCACCCAGAACCGGAGGCAAGUGGGUCUGUUUAGGGUCACAGAGACGUCAUGGCAGAAGAGGCGAAGAAACUAGCAGGCUACGCUGCGGUGGAUAACCAUGUUCAGAACCACCAGGUGGUCGGAGUGGGCAGUGGAUCCACCAUUGUGUAUGCUGUAGACAGACUAGCGGAGAGGGUUCGUCAGGAGAACCUCAACAUCGUGUGUGUCCCCACCUCCUUUCAGGCUCGUCAGUUGAUUCUGCAGCAUGGUUUAACCCUAUCGGAUCUGGACAGACACCCAGAGCUGGAUGUGGCCAUCGACGGGGCGGACGAGGUGGAUGCAGCUCUCACACUCAUCAAAGGAGGAGGAGGCUGUCUGACUCAGGAGAAGAUCGUAGCAGGCUGUGCCAAACACUUCAUCGUCAUCGCUGACUUCAGGAAGGACUCCUCGGUCCUGGGCCAGCAGUGGAAGAAGGGUGUUCCCAUUGAGGUGAUCCCUAUGGCCUACGUCCCCGUCUCCAGGGCUAUAGCCAAGCGCUUCGGAGGGGAGGCAGUACUCCGUAUGGCCGUCAGUAAAGCUGGUCCAGUGGUAACAGACAACAGUAACUUCAUUCUGGACUGGAAGUUUGAACACGCUCAGAACUGGAAGGAGGUCAAUACCGCUAUAAAGAUGAUACCAGGUGUGGUAGAGACAGGUCUGUUUGUGGGGAUGGCUGAGAGGGUGUACUUUGGGAUGGGGGAUGGUAGUGUUCGUGUGAGAGACCCUCCAGUCAACUGACCUGACACCUUCCACCAACCUCCCUGUCUGGGACCACUAUCUAAACCACAGAGCCUUCUGUUGUAUUCAGGGACCACCAGCUCAACCACUGUGCCUUAUAUAAUGAGUCCAAAUGGCACCCUAUCCUUUACAAAGUGCACUACUUUUGACCAGAGCCCUAUGGGUUAUGAUCAGGUUAGGGUCCUAUGUAGCGGAUAGGGUGCCAUUGGGGAAGAAGCCAAUAUUCUAUCACCUAUGGACUCUGCCUGAUCUGACAAGAUUGUGAAUGGUGUAUAACUACAGAUUGACCUCACAACCUCUACCAUGGCAUGUACAACCUCUACCUUGGCAUGUACAAGCUCUACCUUGGCAUGUACAAGCUCUACCUUUUUUUAUAUGUUUAUAAGUUGAAAAAUGAGGAAAUACAUUCUUUCUGCACUGGUGCUUCUAAAUAAAUUCCUGAUGGGUGCCUAUG